GGCGCGGUUUGGUUGCAGAAAAUUGCAGAGUCAAAUAGCCGAGCAGCUGGUGUGCAUCUUCGCGUCCGUCCAAGUCAAGAUCGAACUGGAUGGAAGCCCAGCCGCCGGCGAAUAUGAAUUCGGAAACUUCACUUUGAUCUUUUCCCAUUUUCAUAUUCAAUUUCUCAUGCCGUCUUCCCACCACGCGGAUUCACGCUUUCUUUCUCCUCACCUUCACGCACGGAAUCUCUCUCUCUCUCUCGCUCGCUUGAUUGCUCGCUCGCUCUCUGUUGCAUUCACGCAUGGGACACGCCGCCUCGAAAUCGGACACUUCCUCGUCGGACUCCGACUCCGGCGACAGUCAGAGGCCCUCCCGGAUCAGAAGGUUCGGUCAGCGCCUCCGCCUUCGUCCCCGCCUUCGCCCCAGCCUCCGUCGCCACUGCCGCCACGCUCGCAGGAAGAAGACGACCUCCGGUUCGCACUCCUCUAAGCUCCUCAGCGAAGAAGAUUUCGCCGGCAUCGCUCGCCUCCGCCUCGUCAAUGCGACCAUGAAAUUCAAGGACAAAUGGCUUGCUUGCGUUACGCUUGGUUUUCAAACUUUUCGAACUCACACGUCUGAUCACACUGACAAGCCUACUUGGAACUCAGAGAGGAAGCUCCUUUUGGAAAGCCAUGGGGCACAUAUUGCAAGAAUCUCUGUCUUUGAGACUAAUAAACUGUCCAGGAACAAUUUGAUCGGGUACUGCGAGAUUGAUCUGCUUGACUAUCUUUCCCGGGACUCUAAUUCUGAUAUUGAGGCAUUUGACUUAUUAGAUCCAUCAUCCCCUUCUGUUGUAGUUGGCUGCAUAUCUAUAUCAUGUUCUAUCCAGGAUCCAGUUGAAACCGAGAGAAGUUUUGUAAAGCGUAUCUUGUCUAUAGUGGACUACAAUGAAGAUGGAGAGCUUUCACUGGCUGAGUUCUCUGAUUUAGUCGAUGCAUUUGGCAACCAAUUUGCUGCUGAAAAGAAACAGGAGCUUUUCAGACAGGCUGACACGAAUGGGGAUGGCGUUGUUAGCUUGGAUGAAUUGGCUAUGCUUUUGACUGUUCACAAAGAACGGGAUCCUUUGAUCAACUGCUGCCCAGUUUGUGGCGAGGUUCUUGAACUUUCUGAUAGGUUGAACUGCAUGAUUCAUUUGACCUUGUGUUUCGACGAAGGAACUGGUAGCCAAGUUAUGACUGGAGGAUUCCUAACAGAUAAGCAGGCUUCAAGUGGAUGGAUGUUCAAACUGAGUGAAUGGGCUAAUUUCUCAACCUACGAGAUCGGUCUGAGAUCUGGAGCAAGUGCAUCGCGUAUCUUGGUGUAUGAUCGACGAAAGAAGAGGCUUGUGGAGGAAAUAAUCGACCGCAAGAUUAUGUUAGCAAUGAGAGCUAUUUAUCAAUCUAAGUUUGGUGUCGGCCUUAUUGGCAGUGGAGCAAAAGAAAUCCUGCAAAGCAUCUCAGAAAAACAAGGCAGAAAAAUGGAUUCUCUUGAAUCUGCUAAAGACAUAACAAAAUUUGUUGAAUUUUUUAAGGAUCAAAUCAACAUGAAUGAAGUCAAGUACCCAUUGGAGCAUUUUAAGACAUUCAAUGAAUUUUUCAUUAGAGAAUUGAAGCCUGGCGCAAGGCCAAUCGCCCGCUUGGAACACGAUUACAUUGCUGUAUGUGCAGCCGAUUGUCGUCUGAUGGCAUUCAACUCUGUUACAGAUAGUUCAAGAUUUUGGAUCAAGGGACGAAAGUUUUCCAUCCAAGGUCUUUUAGGGAAAGAAGUGUGUUCUGAUGCAUUCAUUGAUGGAAGUUUGGUGAUAUUUAGGUUGGCACCACAGGACUAUCACCGAUACCAUUCACCCGUCUCAGGAACUGUCAAAACCUUCAUUGAUAUACCUGGAUGUUUAUACACAGUGAAUCCUAUUGCUGUCAAUAGCAAGUACUGCAAUGUUUUCACUGAGAAUAAGAGGGUUGUAUCCAUAAUCUCCACAGAAGACUUUGGAAAGGUGGCAUUUGUUGCAAUUGGGGCAACAAUGGUUGGCAGCAUUACUUUUUCAAAGAAGGAAGGUGACUAUGUUAGAAAGGGAGAAGAGUUUGGGUAUUUCUCUUUUGGUGGAAGCACUGUGAUUUGCAUCUUUGAAAAGGGUUCAUUAAGGAUAGAUAAGGACCUCUUGGAAAAUAGUGCAAAAUCACUUGAGACAUUAGUUUCAGUGGGAAUGCAGUUGGGGGUGUCUACAAAGACACAGGAUUACUGCUAAUGCAACUGAUAAAGUUUGAUGAUACCCUAAAAUGAAAGAUGUUUACAGAUAAAUUAAAUGUAAUUAAUUAUUUGCGAUAGAAGCUAUGACAACAUCGGAUUACAUAGCAUUAAAUCAUUACCUCAUUUCAUUAAAUUAGAAUAAUUUUGGUAACUUAGUUAUUACGUACAUAUAAAUAGUGAUGGUGUAUAACAAUAGAAUCAUCAAAAUAUAAUGAAAAUAUCAUUUCAUCAUCUCUAA